AUGGCUGUAAAUCGUCGACGAUUAUAUACAGAAAGUAGACACAAAAAUGUUGUUGAUAGAAUGGGUACAAAUGUUUAUUCAUCAAAAGAUCAUAAAAGUAUGCAUAAAUCAUUAAAUGGAGAAUUUAUUCUUUAUCAAUUAUUAAUCGAAGAAAUAUUUGAUGAACAUCAAACAUUAAUACCUGGUUAUAAUUCUCUUACAGAAUAUUUUCAACCAAAUGAUGAUGAUGAUAAAAAAGUGAUGGUAGAAUUUGAUAAAGAAUAUGAUCCAAAAAAAGCAAUUUAUUGGUAUACAAGAGAAUCAUGUAUUUAUAAAAUUUUAAAUAGAUCUUUAAGAACACAAAGUAUUGAUGGAAUUAUUCCAUUUUCAUCAUUUAUUAAAGAUUUAAAUAAACAAUUAGAUGAUGAACAUAAAUCAUUUGUUAAAAAUCAAAAAUCAUCAUCAAUUAAAGUUUAUAGAGGACAAAUAAUAAGUAAAGAUGAAGUAAAUCGUCUUAAAUCAGGUAAAGGAGAACUUAUAUCAGUUAAUUCAUUUUUAUCAACAAGUACAAAUAAAGAAAAAGCUAUAGAAUUUGCAACAAGUCGAUCACCACCUACUGAUGAAUUAACAUCAAUAUUAUUUGAUAUAACUAUUGAUUUAAAUAAUAUAACAAAACCAUAUGCUGAUAUAAAACAAUUUAGUGCUUAUCCAGAUGAAGAAGAAAUUCUUUUUAUGCUUGGUUCAAUAUUUCGUAUUGAAAAUGUUGAUUAUGAUGAAAAACAAAAAGUUUGGAUUGGAAAAUUAACAUUAUGUUCAUCAAAUGAUUCAGAUAUUAAAAAUUUUUCAUCUGAAUUAAAUAAAGAAUUACAUGGACAAAAUCGUUUUAUUUCAAUAGGAUAUUAUUUUAUUGAAAUGUUUCAAUUUGAUUAUGCUCAAGAACAUUUUGAAAAUAUAUUAGAUGGAAAUUUAAUUAAAGAUGAUAUUGAUUUAGCUUAUUGUCAUCAUGGACUUGCUAAAGUUAAUUAUAAAAAAGGAGAUUAUAAUAUAGCUAUAUCAAAUAUAAAUCAAUCAUUAAAAUAUUUAUUAGAUAAUCAAAAAUUUAAAAAUCAUCCACUUAUAUCAUUAUGUUAUCAUGAUUUAGGUUUAAAUUAUGCAAAUCAAUCAAAUUAUAUACUUGCUUUAGAAUAUCUUGAUAAAGCUUUAGGAAAAAAAAAUCAAUCUUAUUUAUCAAAUAUUUAUUUAUCUUUAUCAGAUGUUCAUUUUAAAAUGAAAGAUUAUUUAAUUGCAUUAGAAUAUGCUGAAAAAUCUCUUCAAUAUCAAUCAACAAGAGAUUAUUCAUUAAUAGCUAGUGUUUAUAUUAAAAUGGGUAAUAUUUAUUCAGCUAUGGAUGAUAAAGAUAAAUCAUCUGAAAUGUUUGAUAAAGCAAUUAAUUAUCAAUUAAAACAACUUCCUUCUACUCAUCCAGAUAUUGCUUUAACUUAUUCAGCUAUUGGUUUAAUGUAUUUAGAAUUAAAUGAUUUAGAUAAAGCUUUUCAAUAUAUAAAUAAAGCUUAUCAAUUACAAAUAAAUACAUUACCUAAUAAUCAUCCAGAUUUUGCUGAUUCUUAUAGAAAUUUUGCUGAAUAUUAUUUAAAAAAAGAAGAUUUUGAUAAAGCUUUAUCUUAUUAUGAAAAAGAAUUAGAAAAUAAAUUAAAAACAUUAUUAUGGAAUCAUCCAUCAUUAAUGGUUACUUAUCGAUCUAUUGGAAAUAUUUAUUGGAAAAAAAAAGAUUAUGAACAAGCAUCAAUGUAUUUUCAUAAAGUUCUUGAUAGUCAUUUACAAAGAAAAGAAGUUGGAGAUAGAUCAAUAAGUGAAGAUUAUCAAUUAUUAGGAGAUCUUUUUAUAGAUAAAUUAGAUUUUGAUCAAGCUUUAGAUUUUUAUACAAAAUUACUUGAAAAUGAAUUAAUUACAAAAUUAUAUAAAGAUUUUUCAUUAAUUAAUAUAUAUAAAAAUCUUGGAAAUAUUUAUUUUAAAAAACAUCAUUUAGAUCAAUCAUUAAUUUAUUAUAAUCGUUUACUUGAUUGUUAUUUAGAAAAAAAACCAUUUGA